AUGUUGCAACCACGGAUAUGUCUUUCCCAGCCCGUACGCCUCGCCAGAGUCUUCCUCCAACCCGCAAGGAGCUAUGCGACCGCCGUCGACCAUGUCCCUCCGCCGCCCAUCAAUCCGGCCGUCUCCGUUGAUGGUGCCCAUUUGGAGGCCGGAGGCUCGCGGAGGGAGCACUUCAUUCCUUUGAGAACCUACAAGCCCCGUACCCCCGGUCUCCGCCAUCUCAAACGCCCCGUCAACGACCACCUUUGGAAGGGCCGCCCAUACCUCAAGCUCACCAUUGCGAAGAAAGGCCAGCACCUGGGAGGACGAAAUAACAGCGGAAGGGUCACCGUCAGGCAUCGCGGAGGUGGACACAGGAGGAGGAUUCGGAUUGUGGAUUACAAGCGCUAUCUUCCUGGCGUGCAUGUCGUUGAGCGGAUUGAAUACGACCCGAACCGGACCGCCCACCUGGCCCUCAUUACUCGCGUCGAGACUGGGGAGAAGUCGUACAUUGUUGCUGCAGAUGGUAUGAGAGCCGGCGAUGAGAUUCAGAGCUACCGCUCGGGUAUACCCAAGGAGCUGUUGGACAGCAUGGGUGGUGUGAUGGAUCCUGGCAUGCUCGCGGCGAAGACUGCCUCGAGAGGGAACUGCCUCCCCAUUCACAUGGUGCCGCUCGGGACCCAGGUCUACAAUGUGGGCUCCAAGAGCAAGGGCGGAGGCGUCUUCUGCCGCAGCGCGGGAACGUACGCCAUUGUAGUCAACAAGGAGGAGGUGGAGACGCCCAAAGGGGUCAGUGUCAAGAGCGUCAUUGUGCGGCUGCAGAGCGGCGAAGUCCGCAAAGUCAGUCCGGAUGCGUGCUGCACCAUUGGGGUCGCAAGCAACAUCCAGUCUCACUUCACGUCGCUCGGCAAGGCUGGUCGUGCAAGAUGGAUGGGCAAGCGGCCGGAGGUCCGCGGUGUUGCCAUGAACGCGGCCGAUCAUCCCCACGGUGGUGGACGAGGCAAGUCCAAGGGCAACGUGCACCCCGUCAGUCCGUGGGGCACUCCGGCCAAAGGCGGUUACAAGACGAGACACAAGAGGAACAAGCACGUCUUCCUCGUCCAGGACCGACCGCGCAACCAGGGCAAGCGGCGGCCGAGAUGA